ACAGAGAGCUUUCUCUCUCUCGCCCCUCUUCUCCCUCACACCAAACCCCUCCUUGAUCUACUCCAUCCUCCACCCAAAUUUGUGGAUCUGACCCCCCAAGCAUCCUUGAGGAUGGCGGAUGAUGAUGGACCUUGGUAUGCCAGAUUAAUCGAUGAGUGGGAUAAGGAGCAUCGUGCUCGUGCCAUUGAGAAUGGAAAUCAUGUAGUUGCUAUGCGCAUGAGGGGUCAUUCCGUUGAUGGCUUUACUUACGACCCGCGGUACGAGCCUUAUAUUCGGAGAUUGGGUCUUCUCCCAUUCGUGUUGCAGUUUAAGCGACGCGCUCCGCCGGUGAACCACGCGGCGUUGACCGCACUUGUGGAUCGUUGGAGGCCGGAGACUCACUCGUUCCACCUUCCAUGUGGGGAGCUGACGAUGACCCUAGAGGACAUGGCUAUGAUAAGCGGCAUUCCUAUCGACGGACAAGCUGUUACCGGUCGGGUCAGCAUCGUUAAUUGGCGAGAACGAACAGACAUUUUAAUUGGUAUUCAGCCCGACGACCCUCAAGAAGGCAAGGCCGAUACCGCGAGAGUGAUGCAUUCUUGGCUAAAACUAGUCAGAGGAGACACCAAUCCGUGCCCUCAGGGUGCCAAUGACGUGGUUGUGCAACAGUACGCGCGGGCCUAUCUUUGGUAUGUACUAACCAAGGUAGUCUUCUCAGAUGCAACCGGGAACUCAGCCCUCUGGAUGUUCUUGGAGCUACUCAAUAACUGGGAUACCCAGUAUAGCUGGGGUUCGGCCGCACUAGCAUAUUUGUAUCAUCAGCUUGACUUGGCGUGUCGGAGGAAGGGAGAUACAUCCUCAUUGUCUGGGUUUGUUUGGAGCCUAUCCGUGUGGAUGUGGGAGCGGAUCCUGGUUGGACGGCCCGAUUUCAAGAACCCCCUCAUGGCAAACCCACGGGCUAAUCAUGACGGGUUGCAUGAUGAUGAUCCAUAUCGGCGCCCUACGCUUACUAUUGGGAACAAGUGACAGUCUACACAGGAAGCUCGCAUGUGCGAUACAAGUGCUAUAUGAACGAUCUGGACACCUUGACUGCUGAGCAGGUUUUGAGAAGUAUCCUCAUCAAUUUAUGCCUACGGGAAUGCAAAGAUAUAAGUCCAACAAUGAUGCGGAGGCAGAGGAGGCUAGCGAAGAGGAGGAGCAUGAGGCUAGCGAAGAGGAGGAGCAUACACUUGCAGAUAUCGUGAAGAAAGGAAGGAAGAAGUGAGCUUGUUGUAGUUUGUUUCAAUGAGCUUGUUCUAGUUUGUUUCGAUGAACUUGGUGUAGUCUCUUUCCAUGAACUUGUUGUCGUUUCCAUAAAAGUACUACUCAAUGAUGUGAUUUAUGUGAAUUGUUGUUUCCUGUGAUGUCUAUGAA